CAAGAUGGACGCUAUCAAGAAGAAGAUGGUUUCUCUGUCGACAGAGACAGAUACAGCGACAGCCAGGGCAAACAAAUUCGACGAUGAAGCUCUGGCGGCGUCCAAGGAAGCAGACCGGAUAGAGGAUCAACUCAAGAAUAUUCUUAAAAAGAUUGCUGCUCAGGAAUCUCAAUUUGAUGUUGUUACUGAGGACCUAUUCAAUGCUUCUAUUAAACUGGAAGAAAAAGAAAAGGUUGCGGCGAAUGCUGAGGCGGAUGUAGGUGCACUCUCAAGGCGAAUAUUCCUGAUGGAAGAUGAGGCGGAUAAACGAGAAAAUAGGCUGGCAACUGCUAUAAGUGAUCUUCUCCGUGCUUCAAUACGGGCUGAUGAACAAAUUAAACUCAAGAAUCAAUUAGAGUUGGAUAUAUCCACAAAUGAAGAGGAUAUCGAUGAACUAGAAAAUCAGCUGAAAGAAGCAAGAUUUAUCCUGGCAGAAUCAGAGAGGAAGUAUGAGGACAUAAGCCGGAAACAUACCAAUCUUGAAACUGAAAAUGCGCGAGCUACCGAACGGGCUGACAAUGAAGAAAAAAAGAUUUCAGAGCUUGAAGAAGAAUUGAAGGUAGUUGGAAAUAACCUGCAGCAGCUGGAGGUGAGCGAGGAGAAAGCUAUGGCUAGGGAGGAGGCUUAUCAGAAGCAAAUCAGAGAACUCAUGAAUAGAUUGAAGAUUGCAGAAACACAAGCAGAAAACUCAGAAAUGAAUAUACAGCGUCUAAAUAUAAGAAUUGAUCAGAUCGAAGAUGACAUGAUCCAUGAGAAGCUGAAGAUCAAGGCUAUUUCUGAUGAUCUUGAUGGUACUUUCAGAUCAAUGACAUCUGUUUAAAAAUAAUCAAACUUUUUAAAGUCAAAUACAUGGACUUUCAAAACAUGAACAUAAAGAAAAUUUCCAAACCCACUUUGUUUAAGCAAUUAAGAUUUACACCAUUUAAUUAAACUUCUUCAUUUACAAUGUCCUAUAAAACAUAAUACUUUGUUAAAUUGAUUUACAGUGAAACAAGAAAACACUGGAAUAAUCGUCUUUUUGCGAUUUUGUGUUUUGUAACUUAAAAAGUUUAGAAUUUAUUCUUACAACUUGCAUAUUACAAAAUCACAACUCGGGCAGCAGUAGUACAUUUGAAUUUUCAAGCCGGGUCAUCCUUUCCGGUCCCAGUUUGUACUGUACCUAGCUCUCUGGACAGGA